UGUAUGGUAUUUAGAGAAUUUAUUUAAAUUGUAUUUAUCUUUGCAUUUGCUUUGCAUCGGUUAAAGAAAAUAAGUGAAAAUGCCGCCAGUCCAGAAAAUAAACGUUUCCGUGAUUGUAUUCGAUUUGUUGAUGGAGAGGAGGAAGUCUCUUCAGAUUUUGAAAGAGAUCAUCAUCCACAUGAAUUUGGUGCACAAAAAUGAUAAAACCAGUUUGGUGCUGCUGCAUUCCAAGGAGACUUCCGAUUCAGAUCAUCCCAAUAUAUCAGUUGCAUUCAUAGAUAGAACAUAUGGGCUUGAUCUCUGUACAAUGGUUGAGGAGGCUAAAAUUGGUGAGAAUGGUAAUUGGUUAGAUGCACUUGUCGUAGGAGCUAAUAUACUUGGAGGAUACAGUGAUGUCAAAGGAGUUCACACCUCUCAGCUGAUAUUCAUAACUGAUAUGAAACAGGAACUGACUGAAAGCAAAGAGUCCUCAGACUUGAUUGAUUUCAUCAGGGAAAAAUAUAUUUAUCUAUAUGUAAUUGGGCCUGAUGUGCAGAUCCCAGUUUGCUUAUCUGAUAAAACUGAUAUAAGCAAAUGUGUUAAAGCAAUGGACUUGGAGGACAACAAGAGUUGGAAUCUGUUGAAAGAGAUUUUGGUGGAAACUGAGGGUAUUGUAUGUGGAGCAGAUUUUGGCUUGGAUUUCUUACAAUAUUAUGUGGAGGUGAUUGAGAAACAGCAGUGGUUGGAACCUUUAACAUUUAAAGGUUUUCCAUUCCCAACAAAGACCUCAAGAAUCAUGGACACCCAAAACUUGCCAAAGUUGAAUCCUAUCGAUAGACCACGUUGCAGGUACUAUUUGGAGGAAGACGAGGAGCAGGAGAUUGCGGCUGGAGAUGUGGUCAAAGUGUAUUACUUUCUGGACAGAAUCAUCGCAAUACCGAAAAUCUGCAGAGAGUCAUUCGCAUACAGAGGACCGAGACAUUUCACUUUGAUCGGGUUUAUAAAUUCCUGCGAUUUACCGGAGGUGUAUCUGGCAGGAGGAGAGAUUCAUAGCGUGCAAGUCGAUCCGGAGAAUUACAAGUAUAAGGCGUUCGUGGCGCUCGUGCAAGCAACCAAGAAAGCCAACAAAUUGGGCUUGGCUUUACGCUCUUACAACGCGAACAACGCGCCUCGUCUGUACGUCUUGAUACCUUUGGACAACAAAUUUCAUAUGGUUCCGCACGCUGAAGUGAUUAAGGAUGACGUGGAUAUUUCGGAGCCGAGCGAGAAGGAUUACGCGAAAGGCGAUCUCGUCGAGCAAUAUCGUGAUAAUUUGAGAGAAUUAUCGCUGAACACACGCCCUUUGCAUCCUACAUUGGAGGCGGGACCUUUCCACAAGUUGUACGUGAGAAACGCAGUUAGGAUUUUCGUGGACGGCGAAACAAAUGAGAGACCCCAGGAGGAAGCCAAUGAUAACAUGAAUGAAUUGGAGGCAUCGCCGAAGGUUUCCGUUGAGAAAUCUGAACCCGAACACAAAGAAGCGAAAGUUUCGAGCGACGAAGAUGAUGAAUGGUAGUCAACCAAGAUAGCACCUGUGUCAUAUUAUACCAAAUUAUUUACAUAUAUUAACUAACAAUUAUUUUUGAUAAAUAUUUAUUUAGUUUUCAUUUAAUUAAUGAAAUUGUUACCUUAUUUAACAACUAUUUGUAUACCUUUAAUAAAAGUAGAUUAUUGUUUU